UGCUUGGCCAUGGAUGAUGAUGUCUUUGGAUAACUGCAGAGACGAGUGAAUCUUGUUCCUUGCCUGCAAAAGCGAAGGACGAAGCUUUCAUGAUCUUCGGAGGGUCGGGUUCCAGUUUUGGGGGUUUCUGUGGAGGUGGCCAGUGUAAAGGAUUUUCAGUAAAAAAGGAACUCCAGAGUUCAAAAACAUCAGACCUUCAUUUAUUACCCCCACCAGUGGCAUCCCCACAACUGAGACAACAGUUUAAUGGCAAUUAAUGCCUCCCCACCAUCAACCCCUCCUCUCUCUUCACACCCUCUUCUUCCCCGCCCAUGUCUUCUCUACCCUCUCACCUGCAGAAGAAUCAUCCAAAGGCUCACUUUCCUCCUUUUCACCUCAUUCUCACCAUGUUGAUUACAAAGACGCCAACAUUAUUCCACCUUCUUCAGGUUGUCAUCUUGGUGCUGCUCUCCAACGAAGAUCUCGAGGUUUCUUCCUUUGGUUCCAUGUCGUCCAUCGCCGUCUCGUAUGGUGAGAAUGGCCCGAGCUUCUGCAGCCUGAACACGGUUGAUGGGUCUCGCUCAGUGAGGUGCCAAGGUGCUGAUUCUGCCGUCGUUUACGCCACACCAGCGAGCCUCCCCUUCUUGGGCCUGACUGCAGGCGAUGGCUUCGUGUGUGGGCUUCUAAUGCACCAGCACCAGCCUUACUGCUGGGGAAACAACAUCUACAUACAAAUGGGAGUUCCCCAGCCCAUGAAACCAGGGGCUAUUUACAUAGACAUCAGCGCUGGUGAUCACCACCUGUGUGCUCUGAGAAGACCCACCUCAAGAAACUCCUCCAUUGUUGAUUGCUGGGGCUAUAACAUGACGAACUCCUACGGCUUUGGGGACGAGAUCAUGUCCAUUACAGGUGGGUCUGGUUUCAAUUGCGGGUUGCUCGUGAGGAAUGGGACUGCGGUGUGCUGGGGAGACGAAUCGGACAGUGGGGUGAGCAGCUUGAUCCCGAGGAACGCCAGCUUCCAUGGUGUUUCAGCUGGUGGGUUUCAUGUUUGCGGCGUUUUGGCUGAUGGGGGGUCGAGAGUUUUCUGCUGGGGGAGGAGCCUGAGCUUGGAGGGCAGCCAUGGCGGCAGCAGUGGGGGAAACGUAGACCUUGUUCCCGAUUUCCCUUUCCUCUCUGUUGUUGGUGGUAGGUUUCAUGCCUGUGGGAUCAAGGCCUAUGAUCAUGGCGUCGUCUGUUGGGGGUUCAGGCUUGAACAGAGCACCCCUGUUCCGGAUAACAUGAGCGCUUUCGCCAUUGCUGCUGGUGAUUAUUUCACUUGCGGUGUUCCCACUGCCAGUUCCAUGAACCCCAUCUGUUGGGGCGAAAAUUUUCCGACUGGCCUUCCCCUGGCCGUGUCUCCGGUUCGAUCUUCGGGCGACGACGGGAAGAGACGCAAGUGGUCGUCCUUGCGGACGCCGAUUUUCCUAGCCGAGCUGGCCAUUGCCGUCUUCCUGGUAAGCGCCGUUGCCUUAGCUGCCAUACUUUAUGUUAGAUUCAAAUUGCAGAAGGCUAGUGGCGCUGCGGAGUCGAAGAGGGGAAAGAGCUCCGUGAGCAGUUCUUUCCGCAAGAACAUUGUGAAGGUUAAGCCCGACUUGGAAGAGCUGAAGAUUAGGAGGGCUCAGCAGUUUGGUUACGAGGAGCUGGAGAAGGCGACCGAUGGAUUCAGUGAUGAAUCCCAAGUGGGCAGAGGCAGUUUUUCCUGCGUCUUCAAAGGGGUCCUCAAAGAUGGAACCGUCGUCGCAGUCAAGCGAGCGAUAAUGGCGUCUGAUCUGAAGAAAAAUUCCAAGGAAUUCCACACAGAGCUCGACCUCUUGUCGAGACUAAACCAUGCCCAUUUGCUUAAUUUGCUCGGUUAUUGCGAAGAGGGCGGGGAGAGGCUCCUCGUUUAUGAAUUCAUGGCUCACGGUUCAUUACAUGAGCUCCUCCAUGGGAAGAAGAAAGGGAAGGAGCCUCUAGACUGGAUCAGAAGGGUCACCAUUGCCGUUCAAGCGGCUCGAGGGAUCGAAUACCUCCAUGGCUACGCUUGCCCUCCUGUGAUUCAUCGCGACAUUAAAUCUUCAAACAUUCUGAUCGAUGAAGAGUGGAAUGCCCGAGUCGCUGAUUUCGGCUUGUCCUUGUUGGGGCCAACAGACAGCAGCUCCGCAUUGUCGGAGCUGCCUGCGGGAACAUUGGGCUACCUUGAUCCGGAGUACUACAGGCUGCACUACCUCACAACGAAGAGCGACGUCUACAGCUUCGGCGUUCUGCUUCUCGAGAUCUUGAGUGGGAGAAAAGCGAUCGAUAUGCAAUUCGAAGAAGGAAACAUUGUAGAAUGGGCAGUUCCUCUGAUAAAAGAUGGGAAUCUUGAGGCGAUUCUUGAUGCGAGCCUGAAGCAGCCCGUAGAGAGCGAAGCAUUGAGGAAGAUUGCAAAUGUAGCUUGCAAGUGUGUGAGGAUGAGGGGGAAGGAGAGGCCUUCCAUGGACAAGGUCACCACAGCCCUGGAGAGAGCUCUUGCUGUGUUAAUGGGGAGUCCUUCCAACGAGCAGCCAAUCCUCCCGAGUGAAGUGGUACUGGGCAGCAGCCGGUUGCACAAGAAAGCUUCUCAGAGAUCUUCAAACCGAUCUGCCUCAGAAAUUGAUAUGGGGGAAGGCGACGAUCAGAGGACCGAGUUCAGAGCACCGUCGUGGAUAACCUUUCCUAGUCUGGCUUCAUCACAGAGGAGGAAGUCCUCGGCGUCCGAAGCAGACAUCGAGGGGAAGAAUCCCGGGGGUAAUGAUCACAUGAAGAUUGUUGUCACGGGAGAUGGAUUGAUGAGUUUGGAAGAAGAGAUUGGGCCUGCUUCUCCUCAACAAGAGAUCUUCUUGCGACACAACUUUUGACGAAGAAACAGCACAGUGAAAGUAAAGAACAGAUAGCUGUAAAGAACAGAUAGCUGCUUGUAAUUAUUGUCAGAGAUUAGAAGAUUUUUUGGCUUUUUCUCAAACUCUCUUGUUGUAUCAGUAUACGGUUGUUGUUAACAGUAGGUGUUUUUGGGGUUCUGUCCAUAUGCAUAGCUGGUUAAGUUCAGUCUUCUUAUGGAUGAUGGAGGUGAUUCUUCAUAAUCGGUUGCUUUGCUGCAGACUGGUUAGCAUUCAGAAAGCAAGAUCAGUACAUUAUGCUUUUAUUGAAGUAGUGGAUGCCUCUGAUUGUGGUUGGUAGGUGCCGUUGUCUACUUUUCUAGUGGCUAGUAAGAAAUUCUUGCCAAUUUGAUGAUUCUUGGAUCCUCUUUAAAUGAAUGAUAGAUACUCCAAAGAAGUAUGAAACAAGUCUUGGUUGGUAAUCUUCCUUUGCUGUGAUAGUGGCGUUUAAUUAUGUUCGCGACGUUUGGUGAUUGUUUAUGGUAAUUGUCUGUUGCCUUUCAUGAAAGGAGCCCUCCAAGAAUAGAUAGUGUAGCCAUCCAGAGUAGCAAACUCCUUCUCUACGUUCUCUUCGGCUAUUAAUGGCGGGUUAUUAUCAUGAGCAGCAUAUCGGGAGCAAGAAGAAGCAAAAAUUGUGAUUAGACUUUAGAAAUUUGAAAUAUUAAAUCAUGUAAUUGAGUCGCUAGAUGUAUUAUGUUUAACAACCAAAAGAUUAACGUUAUAUCUAUAACAUGGAGGGCGCCGACGAAAUUUAAAGGUAAUUUGUAUUUAUAUUUGAAAGGUCUACGUGACACUUUAACUGAAAUAUUGUUUAGUGGAUUAAUAUAUCCUCGGCACUCUAUUGUUAAUUUUUA